AUGGCAGCAGCAGCAGAGCAAAAGUGUAAUUGCGUAGGGAAUCAGUGUACUGAUGAACAGUGUAAUUGUUGUCCCUGGUGUUGUGACUCUUGUAAGGGGAGUCAGUGUAAGAGCAAGAAAAAAUGUGACACGAAAACUCACAAAUGUGGUCUAGAACCAAAGCAUAAGCCAUGCACUGAACCUCUAUGUGGGUGCCGGUGCUGUAUAAGUAAACGUGAAUCAGCAUCUGCAAAUGUAUUCUGGUGCAUCAUCGGAGCUCUAAUCUUUGCGAUAUUCCUCGCCUUCGCUUAUAUCAUCUACAAGACAAAGUCGAAGGCUUACAUGAUACCCAAAGUGGUAUACGAGUGGACCGGGUACACUUCCACGUACUCCGGACUUGGAAGCAAGAAUCUCCAGUAA